AUGAAUAAUAAAUAAUCAGAAUUAUUCAAAUUAUUGAAUAAUGCAAAUUUUAUCAUAUGUGCAUCCAUGGCCUUAAUAGCCCCUUUCUAUCCUCCGUUUGCUUUUGAAUAAGGGUUAUCUAAAACUUUAGUAGGAAUCAUAAUUGCAUUGCAUCCAUUAGGGGGAAUUUUUGGGUCAAUAAAAAUUGGAGAAUUACUUAAUGAUUAGAAUAGAUAGGUAAUGUUGACAGGGUCCAUGAUAGUUUAAGCUAUAUGCUUAUUUCUAUUCAUUCUAAUUUAUUUAAUAAAGUCAUAUUGGUUUAUUACAAUAAUUUCAUUGAUUUCAAGAAUUAUAAAUGGCAUAGUAAUUCAUAAUAAUUAUAUAGGCAUAUUCAGUUUUCAUUACGUCGUUUUAUUCUUACAUUCCAUUUUUAUUUCCAGAUGAGCAUGAGCAAAAAAUAGCUUUGGCAGAGGCAGCUUCUGCACUAGGAUAUAUGCUCGGACCUAUGAUAGGGUCAAUUUUAUAUGCAAUAGGAGGGUUUACUUUCCCCUUUAUUACAUUCAUCAUUUUUUCUAUAUUGUGUGGUUAUUACAUACACAAUUGCUAAUUUGAAGUUACGAAAAAAGAAUGUGAAAUAGAAAUGAUAGAGAUAAAUCUUCAUUCAUAACAUUCUGAACCUUAAUUAGAGUAGCCUUUAAAGUAUUUGGAAGUACUCAAAUAAUAUGAUGUUUAUAUCAAUGCUUUAAUGUGUGUAAUGGUAACUACUUCAAUAACAAUUAAUUUUCCUUUAAUGGCUUAAUAUAUGCAAGACCAUUACCAAAUAGAAGAAUCAACAGUUGGAUUUUACAUGGGAUUGCAACCUAUGUGCUAUACAAUAGCUACAAUUUUAAUAACAAAAAUUUAGAAUCCAAAUAAACCAUUUUUUAUGAUUGGAUUUUAACUUUUAAAUGGAUUAUCCUUAUUUUUUUAUGGUCCUGAUCCUGCAUUUACUGGAAUUGAAAGAAAUUUACUAGUUUGUUGUAUUAGUUUAGCCUUAACAGGGGUUGCAUAAUCAUUUCCGUAAUAAUUAAAUGUUAUUAUAUAGUUUAAUUUACAGUUUACCUUAAUUAAAUGAAUCUUUGAUAGAAUUAUAUCCAAAUUCAGUGAAAUAAUGUAAUAAUUUUGCAUCAGCAAUAUUCUCUGCGUCUAUUUCAUUGGGAGAAUUCUCAGGUCCUUUCAUUGGGGGUUUUUUAUCUAAUUUUUGUGAUCUUGAUAGAAUAGCCUCAAUUACAGGUUUGCUAGCACUCACUUUGUGUAUAUCCUACAUACCAUUUUUAUAAAAGCAUAUGAAAAAAUGA